AUGCAUAUGACCUCCGUCACCGCCGCCGCCGCGCCAGCUGCCACCGGCGCCGAGCUGGUCGUGCCACCGCUGCCGCCCAGGCUGCCCAACGACGCGAGCCAGGAGGAGAAGGCGGCGCGCGAAGCCAUCAUGAAGGAGCGCCGACGCAUCCAGAAGGCGAUCAACGAGCAGAAGAGGGGCAAGCGGGAUCGCAGCGAGCGGGAGCAGCUGAGUGGUGCGCAACAUCGCAAGCAGGCUGAAGCGGAGGCGAAGCGAGCCGACGCCAACCGCCGCCGCCAGUCCGUCUCCCAGCACCGCCGCGCAGCUCGAGAGAAGAAGCGGCCGAGGCUCGGCGAGAGCUUCGGCUCGAUUCGACAACGCGAGGAGCAGCGACUGCUGGGCAACUCGUUCGUCUUCGAGGACCAGCGCGUGCGCGUGUGCGAGGGCGUCGCGUGGGCCCUCGUGCAAGACGGUGCGGCUAGCGGCGUGGUGCCCAUCCAUGACGCCGCGAGUUUCUGGGGCCCAGAGUGGGCGUCGUGCUCGGCCGUGCCCGUGAAGGCUGGGCAGUGCGGCACUGUGCUGCGGCGCGCCGAGCUGUGCGUGCAGGAGAAGGGCGGCAGCGUGAGCAGCUUGAAGCUGAGCAGCGCUGGCUUCGCGCAAAUUGAGGGGCCGCAGCACUUCCACACGGUGCAGCUCGACGACGUCAGCACGCCGGUGAUGCUCUCACCCUACCACGUCCAGCCCUGGCCGGCCAUCGGACAGGAGGUCGGCUGGAUGCCGUCCGAGCCGCAGGACAUCGCCACCGUCAAGUACUUUCACAACACGCAGGACCCGGACUUCGACGUGGACGAUCCCGAGGACAACAGCUAUUACGUGCUCUCGCGGCAGUUCUACGCCUUGCCCGCCCACGUAGAGGUUGUGGCGCCGGUGGGCGGGCGCGUGCGCGUGGGCUCUUGGGUGAGGCUGCGCGAGCCCCACCCCGAGGCUGACCCUGACGACGGCGCGUGGGGCUUCCGCGAGCCGCCGCCCGCCGUCGCCGCCGAGAUGCUCUCUAGCGUGGGCCGGACCGAGCUGACCCCGGCGGACGUGGAGCGGCUCAUGUCCACGCCGCAGAUGGCUGUCGCGAGCGCGCAUGUGCUCGUCGUCAAGUCCAUCUGCGAGGACUGCGGGCAGUGUCUCGAGCUCGAGGACACCUUCUACGCAUCUCACCGCGAUCUCACGCCGCUCAUCCCUGGCUGGGAGCAGAGAGAGCCAUGUCGCUUCCACUGCACCUACGACCACCAGUACUUGUGCGAUCACAUGUUCGAUCUAACACACGUAGGAGAGUGCGUCUGGGCCUGCAAGGAGUGCGACCCUGAGUAA